AGAGUUUCAUUUUUUUGACCCCGAGUACAAAACGUUCCGCACUUCACACGACGAACAGCAGUCUGGCGCUGUCAACGUCGGCAGCGUCAGAGAAAUAUGCAAGACAAUAAUCCUUCUCCGGAGAAAUGCCGUUGUUUAUUUAACGGUGAUGUGCAAGGCAAUCCGUGUCUUCUCAGUUGCGGGCAGAAUAGAGCAAAGCCUGGAGAUGGACAGAGAGACUGCUCUUCGUACACUCUGACCACAACAUCCCCCUUCCACAGCUCUUUGUUUCCAAAGAAACAGCAAGGGAACCAUUUGCUCAGGGGAAGGAGGAGGAGAAAGAUUUAAAUUUCAAGCCUGCCCCCAAUUCCACGCACCCUAGUCCACCCCUUGAAGAAAAGGAAGGGAGGGGAUGCACAGCUUUGCAGCAGCUACAGAGGAAACGGAAAAGACGAAAGACUGAUUUCAAAACCCUGGGGCUAAAGAUUUCUCCGACUGUCUUCCCUUUUCACCACAAGCAGAGCCUUUUCCCCCCAAAGCGGAGAAUAUUUCAGAGAUACCGCCAUGCCUCCUCAGCAGCAGGUGAACAGGACCAGCCUGAGUGUCAAGAAGGAGUUCCUCAAGAGCUUCAUUGGGAUCCUGAGAGUCCUACAAAUUCUUGUGGGAGCCGGGCUGUGGAUCACUAUCGCUGCCAACAAGUAUGAGGGCUCCAUCCACUUCGUCCUCUUCGUGGCUGUGCUCUUCUGGCUCCUGACACUGGCUCUCUACUUCGUCACACUCCUGGACAGGCAAGACUUUGUGCCCUUCCUGGGUGGAGAUCGCUGGCUGCUGAGCAAUACCUUGCAUGACCUGUUAGCCACGCUACUGUUUUUUGUAGCUCUGGGCAUCAUGAUCUAUAAGACAGAUAAGAACAGUUUCUGCAAUCUGGAGCUCUACAAGCACCUUUGCCUGUAUAAAGUAUACCUCACAGCCUCUGUGUUCUGCUGCCUGUGUGCUGCUGCCUAUCUGGUCUCAGCCAUUUACGGUUCCUGCAGAAAGUGCAAAGGAAAACAGACGGUGUUCUGAUGUCAUUAAACAAACAAGGCAUGCUGAGAAGGGGGUUACUAGACUUCGUAAGCACCUCAUGGAAACAGAGGGAGAGCGGACCAGAGAAAGGCCCUUCUUCAGAUUGUGUACAGUUGGCAUUUGGGAAAAAAUGCUUUUCUUAAGGUGGAAACUUUCUUUGACUCGUAUCACAAAGCAGGUUUGUUCAUGUGUUUUGUAUUUUAUUUUUUUUUAAUGCGUAAAUUUGUUUUUUAAUCAUUUUUGCCGACCUGAUUUAUUACAUAUUUGAGUUCACGAGGCCUGUUACGAUUUGUGAAAAAAUUAGGCAACAGAUGAGUUAGAAUAAGUAGAGAAAACAUGUUUGUUUCUGGUCCAGACAUGCAAACAUGUAUCUAAAUGCGGUAUCCUGUAUUUCAGUUUGUAUUUUUAUUGUAAAAUAUGGACUGUUUUAAACACAUUUAAAUUACAAUGAUGAUUAAAAGUGCUUGUAAAUGAAGAUUGAUAAUUUAAAAGAUGCUUCUGCAGAAAAUGUAUUCCACAACAUGUAACAUGUUUUCCAGUACAAGUGCAUUGCAUUUUUCAGUGUCUUUCCAUUCCAGUGUGUCCUGUUAAAAGACCUAUCAUUACGUAAAACACAAACACCUGUCUCAAAACAUUAUCAGGCAAACUCUUUGUCUAGCACCUGUGAAGUCCAGGCUUAAUCUGAGAUUACCUUUCAGACAACACAAGCUUAUCUAGAGGUGUAGUACAGAAAUGUAUGGUAUUUUUAGGAACAGACUGGUCUGCUUACCUACAAAACCUUUUCUGAAGUAUGAUCACACAGUGCACUUGAACUUUAACAUAACUCAAAAACAGCAGUCCAUUUCAAGUUUUUCUCACACGUAGCACUGAAUUAUAUAUGCAGCUUCUGUUACCUCUGCAGGCCCCAUCAGAUAGCUAAGUUUAAUAUAGAAAAAGUAUAACAGAAGGAAAAAGGAGUCUGGGGAAAGCUCAUUCUAAAACAAAACAGCUUGUUGCAAAGUUAGGAUAAAGGCGUUAAAGGUGUCCUUGCAAUUGUAGCAAUUUAAAGUGAUAAUCAAUCAAUUUCGACAUAGGAAAAAGGAAGCUUGCCAUUGUUCAGCAAGGAAAAUGUGUUGUGUGUAUAGAAAAUUCAUUUUACUAGUGUGAUCCAGUUUUGAAGAUCGUUGAUUCAGAUGCUAGUAAGAGUCAUUUCAAAGAGUCCACCUUAAGAAAAGCAAGAAAUGGCCUUUGUGGCCGAAGAACUGGGUGUGCUUUUUGCAUCUGGGCAGAAGACAGACCAGUGGAUUCACAGUGGCCAUGUGUCAAUCCCAUUAAGUCAGCUCAACCCAGAUGGUGCACAUUUACAGAAACAGUGUCCCCUGCUGUGCUUCAGCCCGUGCUUCAUGGUUUCCAGCUCUCCAGACAGGCCACAGGAGGAAUUACUCACCUCAGAUUCGGCUUGUAGUGGUUAAUCCUCACCCAAGAUGGAGUAUUAAUUCAAGACAAGUGCAAGGCAACUAAAGGAAGGAUUCUUUUACAAGUAUUCUUCAGAUUGCAUGAAAAGGACACAAAUCUGCUCUUUGGACUGUCAAGAAUUUAUCCUCAAACCAGAGGGUGAUAUAUCCUCCCCAUAAUAACCUUCUGUGUAGUUGAUUUGUCUUCCUCUAUUCCUCUCGUGUGUACAAUCCUGAACAAAGCUUGCUAAACUGCACGAUGCAGAGCCGGAUCACUUCACAGACAGAAAUCCUGUGAAUUCAACAACGGGACAUUUACCCCUUUUUUCCCGAAGACUUUUUUUUAACACUGUGCCGGGGGCUGCAAAUCAUACAUUUGUCAUGACGACGGCAUCAUCAAUAUUAUUGAUAUAUAAAACAGUUCAAUAAUUGACAGACAUUGGCUAAAACGUUUUAUGCUGAGUAUUAAAAUCAUCAAUUCAAUGAGUCAUCUGUACUGCAGUCUCCUGGAGCUCCUCUACAGUUAGAAGAUCCAAAGCAAUAAGGCAGCGUCCAAGCUGAAUUUUAAGCACAGUUCAUUUUUUGCAUUUGUGUAGUUCCUGAAUUUCUGAAAGAAUUCCCUUGCUACAGUCUUCAGUUUCCAGCUUCCCUCAGGCUCUUGGUACUGCAGGCUGGUGGCAGCUCUGGAAUUUGCCAGGGCGGUAAGCAGGAAGAACUCCUCUGUAAUUAAAAAGCAAGCGUGGAGAGAGAAAGGAAAGACUAUUUUUAAUUUUUUGCCAAUGUAUUUGCAUUCCCUGUGGAAAACAUCGAAACGGUUUGCUCCUAACAACAUUUGCUUCAUUGAUUGAAGGGGCAAAAAUUCAGGCUUCUUAAUCUGUUUGCUGUUCGUCAAAGACCAGGCUGAAUUAAACUGACUCAGAAACUGAAGUAAACAUUAAUUACAGGUUAAAUCAAAGCAAAAUCUUAGUCACAGGUGCCUUUAGCUGUCUGAAAUGUAACCUCAAAGGUGGCUCAUGCUGGGUGUCUACAAUGAAAUAGAUUUAGUCAUGCAAGUAGAUCAAAAUUCCAAAUACAGAACUCUUGAUUCCACCUUGAGGAUUUAAUUUUAUUUCUAGAAGAACACUUUUAUUUGAGGGACAGAUAAAAAUCGAAGAAAAAAAGUUAUCUAAAAAUACACCGCUUCGUUAUGGUACUGAUAUGUAGUAUUCUGUAAAGAGCGUAAGAGGUUACAAAGGUUACAAACAAGAGGAGGAUCUGUGGCCCAUCAGGUAUGUUUGGUUGUUAGAGGUGGGUCUUGAAGGCCAGCUUUGGCACCAUUGCUGAGUGGCUUCUUCUUGUUUAAAAGGACAUUCCUGUUCUCUAGUCCAGCACACUAGACUUGUAUCUAGUAUGAUACAUAUCUAGUUCAGGUGGGGAGCUGCGUCAGCAUGCGGAGGCUGCAAAGGAACAAGUAAAGGUUUAUUCCAUGCUGAUAAGA